AUGGGAGAGGGUGCUCAAAUAAACAGUGUGGGACCUGGCUCAUCUAUGAUGCAGGCUAUGACACAAUAUCCUUCCCUUGGACAAGUACCUGUAGCGCACCCCUAUGAACCAUCUCAACCUGGAAAUGAGUUCAACAAGUACGCUUCGCUCAAGGCUGUGGCUGAAAAAGCAAACGAAAACUUCUACACUAACAGACGGCACCUAGCCGACCUGGCAGCGAAAGGCACUCUUCCCAUGCACUCGGUGAGUCUGGAGCAGGAGCCCACCAACCCUUACAGCCCCGAGCUACCCUGCCAAAAGCAGAACGGACACAAGUCCAAAAGCACCAAGGUCCACAGCUCCCACCCGCUAGCUUUUGGCUCGAACACCAUCGCCAACCCCGGCAUGCUGAAGGGCUGGGAGACCACAGAAACGCUGGGCCGCCGGCACACGUAUGCCCCCAAGAAGCACAGCGCCACCGUGGAGCAAGUGAACGAGCUGACAUCCGCCCACAGCCAGCACUACCUGCCGCCACAUCCGUACUUUGUCACCAACAGCAAGACUGAGGUGACCGUGUGAACGGGGCCUGAGUGGAUGUGUGGAUCGGAGAACGAGGAUAAUAAAGGAAGCCUGAUGGAGGAAGAAGUGUGGAUUAGGAUCCUGUCCUGCUGGAAGGAUUGACCGAGCGGUCUGGCUCGAGAUCUGCAUGGCUGUAUGUGUGCUGUUUGUCUUUGAGUGGCUGCGCGUGGAACAGGCGUGCAUUGGCGACACUUGAAUGGGAAAACGUGGAACUCUUUCUGUGUCCAUUCCAUCACAAACGAAUAAUCUGACCUGUAGUGAUGAGUUCAUCACAAGGCCAUCCGUCAGAGUGAUGAGGACACAUUCAAACCCUACACAAUCAAUGCAAUCAAAAGUACUACUGUAGAUGAUGUUUUUCAACAACCUGAAAGCUUGUGAGAAGGUCGCCUAAGAAACACUAUCCUGUUUUUCUCAGAAUCUUGUACAUAACAGAAUGGACGAGAAAUGUCAAAGGCUUCCUCGGAUAAUCAAAGAACAUCGAUCUGGAAGAUAAAGAUGAUGUGAGGACAAUCGUGUCUCAAGUUCUUCUCAUCUCAACACUCGAGACUUUCUAGAGCGUGUGCACCAAAAACCUCCUGUAGCAAAGUAACACGCUAUAUCCUGACAAACACUGGGCUUGUGCCUUUCCAACAGAAGAACUCUUUAUCUAAGAGCUCUUGUGCUUUUCAGUGAGCACAUGGUGUUUCUUCAAUAACAAAGAUGCAUAAAAUAUAAACAAAUCUAUUGUUUACGGCUGUCAUACUUCAGUAGAAAAUGUUGAUUGUCGGUGUUCUUAAAUACACAUUUCCCUUCUGUUUCGCCAUUUUUUCUCUGAUGUGUUCACAUAUUGUAUGGCCCUAUCUUUUAGUGCAACUGUAGACUGUAGACAAAGGAAGUACUGUAGGGUUAAUGAUAGACAUUCAUUAUUUUUCAAUGUUAGGUAUGAUAACAAUGAAUGGUUAAUUCUGAUACCGAACAAGAUUGUUACAACACUGCCAUUGUUGCAUUCCUAGUAUUUUUGGUAUUGAAAACUGAUUCAGUAGUUUCUUUUGUCUUUAGCAUCAUAAUGCGAACCAUUUCAAUUAGCAUAAGGGCAAAUGGCUUGCAUUCAAUUUCGAAUACUGAGCGUUUUGUC